UUACCAGGUUGUGGCAGCUUCUGAUUGGUGAGCUCUCCAUAUAUAGUCCCAUGAUGUGGAACCCUGGUAUCGACAGUCUUCCUUGUCUCCAAGUAUUGGAGCCUGACCUUCUGUGUCUGCUGCUCUUCUACUUGUCACCAUGAAGUUCCUGGCCCUCCUUGUGUUGCUUGGUGUUUCCACUAUUCUAGUCUCUUGCCAGGAAGCAGAGGCAGACACUGCUGACACUUCUGAAACUGCUGAUGACUCUGGAACUCAGGCAGACGCUACUGAUGGAGAGCAAGAUGCUGAGUCCUCUGAUGGAACCAACGAUGGUACUGAGGGCACCAGUGAUGGCGGUGAUGGUGAUGCGGCUGCUGACGAGGAUGAGGAACAGACAGAUGAUGAGAACACUACUGGAGAUGAGUCCUCCGAUGAUGAUGAUGACCAGGAAGAAGGGGAUGAUGAUGACGAGGAAGAAGAGAAAGAAGAGGACAAAAAGCCCAACCCAAUACUCGCAUUGAUUGAAUUGGCUAAGAAACUGAAAGAAAAAUAUAAGUUGGGAUAAGUUUUGAUCUUUCUGGACCAGAUUAGAACAUCCUUGAUUUGAUUUCCUGCAAUUAUUUACCCUGACUAUUCUCUCUCCCUCCUCUCUAACUUUUAUCUUCUAUGAAAUAAAUGAUAGUCACAAGCAGCAUCAAA